GCCGCCCUCACAGCAGGAUGUGCUGAAGGGGAGACGGGGUUAUCGGAGUUUACCUGGUCGACAUGCGGAGGAGCGGGCUGGUGGAGUGAAUUUUAAUUUAAUUUAAAGGAACGAACGAAUGUAGCUGACAGAGACGGAGGAAAAAUGAGUAACAGGAUGGAGGGUUCGGCGGGCCCAGGCGUCAGAGCCAAUGGACCCAUCUCAGCACCCAGCAGCCCGGUGGGCUCCACCGUAGGCCCCCCUCUGUCCCCAGAAGAACUGGAAGCAGAGCCGCAGUCGUCUCUGACGGAUGUCACCCAAAUGUGGAUUAAAUUCGCGAAGACUUUUGCCAUCAUUUUCCCGAUCUACAUCUUGGGAUACUUUGAGUUCAGCUUCAGCUGGGUUCUGAUCGGACUCGCCAUGUUGUUUUAUUGGAGGAAGAACCAUGGCAAUAAGGACUACAGGAUAAACCGUGCCUUAGCAUUCCUGGUGCAGGAGGACAAAGUAGUGAGGCAAAGUGUGGCUACUACCGAGCUGCCACCAUGGGUCCAUUAUCCUGAUGUGGAGCGCGUGGAGUGGCUGAAUAAGACGGUGAAGCAGAUGUGGCCGUUCAUCUGCCAGUUUGUGGAGAAGCUGUUCAGAGACACCAUCGAGCCGGCAGUGAAGGGUGCCAACCCACAUCUCAGCUCCUUCUGCUUCACCAAGGUCGACAUGGGCGACAAGCCGCUGAGAGUGAAUGGGGUGAAAGUUUACACAGAAAAUGUGGACAAGAGGCAGGUCAUCAUGGACCUGCAGGUCAGCUUUGUGGGGAACACAGAGAUCGACGUGGACAUUAAGAAGUAUUACUGCAGAGCUGGAAUCAAGAGUAUACAGCUUCACGGGACGAUGCGGGUGGUGAUGGAGCCUCUGCUGGGAGACAUGCCUCUGAUCGGAGCACUGUCCGUCUUUUUCCUCAAGAAACCAUUGCUGGACAUAAAUUGGACCGGACUCACAAACAUGCUGGACAUUCCUGGUGUUAAUGGUUUAUGUGACAACAUCAUCCAGGACAUCAUCUACAGCUUCGUGGUCUUACCGAACCGCAUCAACAUCCCUCUGGUCGGAGAGGCUCAGCUGGCCCAGCUACGUUUCCCUGUACCAAAGGGUGUCCUGAGGAUCCACUUCAUCGAGGCCCAGGAUCUGCUGGGUAAAGACAAGUUCCUAGGCGGGCUGAUUAAAGGAAAGUCAGACCCGUACGGAGUGAUCCAGAUCGGGACCCAGCUCUUCCAGAGCAAAGUCAUCCACGAGACCGUCCACCCGAAGUGGAACGAGGUGUACGAGGCCUUGGUGUACGAUCAUUCAGGACAAAGCGUGGGGAUUGAGCUGUUUGAUGAAGAUACUGAUAAAGACGACUUUCUGGGAAGUCUGAUGAUCGACCUGGCCGAGCUGGAGAAGGAACAGAAGGUGGACGAGUGGUUUGAUAUGGAGGAUGUGGCUACAGGGAAGCUGCACCUCAAACUGGAGUGGCUGUCUCUGCUGCCCACACCUGAGAAGCUCGACCAGGCUCUGAUGAGCAUCAAAGCUGACCGUGGUCACGCCAACGACGGCCUGUCAUCUGCGCUGCUCGUCGUCUUCCUGGAUUCAGCCAGACACCUGCCGCGCAAUCCGUUAGAGUUCAACCAGGCGGGGCUGAAGAAGGCCUCGAUCAGUAAGGCCAUCAAGUCGGGUAAAAAAGUGACCAGUGAUCCCAGUCCAUUCGUCCAGUUUACAGUGGGACACAAGUCUUUUGAAAGCAAGACCAGAUAUAAGACCAAUGAACCAGUGUGGGAGGAAGCCUUCACCUUCCUCAUCCACAACCCCAAGACCCAGGAGCUGGAGGUCGAGGUGAAGGAUGAGAAACACGAGUGUUCACUGGGAACGUUAACCCUGCCUCUGACUCGCCUGCUGGAGGCUGAAGAAAUGACCCUGAACCAGCGCUUUCCCCUCAAAAACUCGGGACCAAGCUGCACGCUCAAAAUGAAGAUGGCUCUGCGGGUACUGUGUUUGGAUAAAAGCGCGGCCUCGUCCCCAGACGGCGCUCCGUCUUCCGUGCAAGUCCGCAAAGGCAGCUCUUCCAAUGCCAUCUCUCGACCCUCAGUCUCCUCCGACACCCCCAAGCCUCUGUCCUCCUCCUCAGACAUCCCCCGCUCUGCCUCCGUGUCGGCUCAGGACGUGCUGAACCGGCGGAGGGAGGCCGACGACCCCUUCAGGUCCACGGGGAGCACAGAUCUGGGGCAGGGAGGAGGAGGGGGAGGGGGAGGUCAGGGCCUGGCAGAGACCGGGAGAAGCACCUCCAACCUGGCCAUCUCCGGUUCUCAGCAGUACCUGGCCGGAGGCAAAGAACCGACACCGAGCAUCGCAUCAGACAUCUCCAACCCGUACGCUGCCCAGGAGCUUCAGCUCCGCCUCCAGCAGCUGCAGAAUGGUUCGGGCCCCAGUCAUUUCCCCCUGGGUGAGGUGCAGCUGACAGUUCGACACAGCUCCCAGAGGAACAAACUCAUCGUGGUCGUCCACGCCUGCAGAAACCUGAUAGCGUUUACAGAUCAUGGCUCAGAUCCGUACGUCCGUCUCUACCUGCUCCCUGACAAACGGAGGUCAGGUCGGAGGAAAACUCACACAUUUAAGAAAACACUGAACCCGGUCUACGAUCAGACGUUUGAGUUCACCGUCUCCCUCGUGGAGCUCCACAGACGGACUCUGGACGUUGCAGUGAAGAACGGCGGGGGUCUGCUCUCCAAACACAAAGGCCUUCUGGGAAAGGUUCUGGUGGAUUUGACCCACGAUGAGAUCACUAAGGGUUGGACACAGUGGUAUGAGCUGAGUGAAGACGGACACGCAAAGCCGCACCAACUAUAGACCAUCAUCAUCAUCAUCAACUUUAUACACUUCCACUUCAGCCCGUAACGGGGCGUUUUUAUGUUUUAUCAUCAUUACUUCUAUCUGUAGAAACAGCAGCUUCUGACAUUCAUUUAACCACAUCAGUCGCAAGGCAAACCUCCCCUUUAAGAAGAGAAAGGCUGGUGGACUAAAGGGAGUAAACAACAUUAGAAAGCUUUAUAACAUUGCAUAAAUGCUGUGGAGGAAUAUAUUCCAUGUUUAUAGGAGGAAAUAGAACGAAAAGUCUUCUAUAUUUUUGAGCUCUGCUUCGAUUUUGGGUUAAAACGACCAUGUGCAAGUUUGUAAAUACAUGCUGGAGAAAAGAGACAAUGUAUUCUAGGAAGGAGAGAGGUGUCGAUGUCUCCGCUGGCCAAAUGAUUGUUUAUAAUUUUUAAAGAGACAUUCUGGAUAAAAUUUCCAAAGCAGAGCAGGCAGGGUGGCUGCAGGGAAAAAACGCCACCAAAGAAACAGGUAGUAUUUAGUUUUUGCACCCUGGAGGAGUCAGCUGAACUCUGCUUUAUCCCCCUGUAAUAAUGAGUGUGUGCUAAACAAGGGAAAAGAGAUGAAAGUAUGCAGUUAUCAUGGUGGAUGUGAGGCAAUUCUGGCUUUUAGCAUCAUUUCAUACACUUGUUAUCACGCUGGAAUAAGGCCGAUGUUAGGUGUUAUGUUUGUUUUUAUAUCUGAGUAUUUGCACAACUGUUUUUUUAUCUAUCGGGAUCAUCUUUAGUUAAAUGUCACUUAUAUCCAUCUUUUAUUAAAAUGUCUGUUUAAAUGCAUCAUUUUUACUUUAUAAAUAAAAAAAAAUUAUAAGGAAAACGUGUAAAAAAACAAGUCCAGAAACAGGAUAAAAAUCAAACUUUUAGCUCCAACUCUCCUGCUGAGAGCGUCAUUACUCUUGUGACUUUCAGUUAAAUAUGAAGCAACUGCAAGGCCAAAGUUAGCACCUUUAGCUUAGCAUAAAGAGCUCUGACCUGGCUUAGCACAGAAGUCACAAAAUCAGCCUCCUGCAUAUCAAAUCUCACUAAUCAGCUGUAAAAUCCAUAUUUUAAUACCAUGCUUACAAAAAGAGUUUAAUGAUGCACUUUUUAAUUGAUCUCUGAUAGUUUAGAUUUUGCAGUCAUUAAAGCUGCCACUGGAUGCAUCUUUAAGGUGCUUAAACUUUGGCUUUAUUUUGCAAACCUGCUUUCUCAUCAGUCUUUGAUAAAUGCUCAAUCAGGCCUCUUUGCUCUGAAAUGUAACACAGUUCUCGUGUUGGUGACGUUUGCAAACAUGAUUCUGUAACCUUAGAGCCGAGCCGAGCCGGCUGUUUUUGCUUAGAUUCGUGCUAAUCUUCCAGCUGCAAGCUUCAUAUUUAACUGUAAAUGAAUACUAUCAAUCUUACCAUCUCUCUGUUGAACAUAACAUGAUAACAAGCAAGAUCCCAAAAUGUUGAACUAUUCCUUUAAAGUAAUUCCUUUAAAUAGAGCUGAAAUUUAAAAAAGUCGUGGUGUAAUUGUCACCCACAUUUUCUUCUUCUAAGGCCUCUAUUUGUAGAAAUUCAAAAUCUGACACUUUUGUGCCCCCUAGUGGUCAUGUUAGGAAAUGCUGCACUGACAACUAAAGAUAUUCCAUUGUUAGUCCCACAAGGGGAAAUUCCAAAUAAUAAAUAUUAUUGAUUAUUAUUAUUACAAAUCAGUAAUACUCAUGUGUGGCUCAUCUGUGAUGAUUGAUGACUCUUUCAUGUCUUUAUUUAAAGUAUUAUUCCCCAGAAAACCUUAAAAAGGAAAAUUUUACCUCAGAAAUUAUCCAUUCAAGUAACAUUAAUCAUUUUUGCUACUUUAAUUCAAUUUUUACUGCUUU